AUGUUCCGUGCUUGUAAAUUGUCAAGUAAUAAACUUUAUUCUCCUAUUAACAGCUUGUUAAUAAAUCGUAAAUAUGCUAGUGUUGCAGCUUCUCCAAUUUCAGUUUCAAAGUCAAAAAAUGGAAUAACGACAGUUUCUAUUCAAGAUGGUGCACCAGCUUCUUCUAUUUCGUUAGUUGCAAAGGCUGGUCCUCGUUAUGAGACUAUUAAUAAUAUUGGAGCUGCACAUUUUUUGAAGAAUUUUGCUUUUAAGAACACCACAAAUAAAACUGCUUUUCGCACAACACGUGAAACAGAACUACUUGGCGGUGUAUUAACAGCCAAUUUAACAAGAGAAAAUUUAAUUCUUACUGCUGAAUUUUUACCAAAUAAUCUAGACUAUUUUUUAGGUGUAUUAUCUGAUGUUGUGUUCAAUGCAAAAUAUGAACCACAUGAAUUUAAAGAAGUGAAACAAAGUGUUGCUUUUGAAAGAAGUACAGCCGAAUCAACCCCAGAAAUUUUGACUUUAGAAACAACACAUGAAGUAGCAUUUCGUAAUGGACUUGGCAAUUCACUUUUUGCAAAUUCUACCACAAAGAUUAAAAGUAGCGAAGAUGUCAUAGCUUAUGCCAACAAAGUCUAUACAGCUCCGAAUAUCACUAUUAUUGGUACUGGUGUUGAUCAUAAUGAGUUGGAAACUUUAACAGAAAAUCUUUUUAAAGAUAUAAAUCAUACAUUACCAGCCACACCAAUCAAUUCCAAAUAUUUUGGAGGCGAGGUUAGAUUGUCUAGUGGAAAUGAUACAAGCCAUUUUGUGCUUGCAUUCGAGGGAGCACCAGGGGGAACAUCUGAUUUUUAUACUCUUCAGAUUCUUAGAUCGCUACUAGAUGGAGAUAAAUAUACAAAGUGGGGUGAAGGUGUUACUAAACUUGCUCAAACAGCAAAUAAAUUUGUUGAUACCAAAAUCAGUGCUUUCAAUACUGGUUAUUCAGACGCAGGUAUUUUUGGUGUAUAUUUCUCAGGUAAACCAACAUCGAUACGUUCAGCUGUUGAUGCUACAGUCGAACAAUUACAACAUGUUGCAAAAGGUGUUGAUAUAGAGGAAUUCAAACGAGCAAUUGCAAAAGCAAAAUAUAACACUGCAGCUUCUUAUGAUGCACGUUAUUCUAAAACUGAAACCUUGGGCAAUCAGAUUUUGUCUUCUGCAAAAAUCACUUCUGCUUCCGAAGCAGUGUCAGGAUAUGAUCAUAUCAAAUCAUCUGAUGUUACUAAAAUUGCUAAUGAAAUUUUGUCAAGUAAACCUACUACUGUGGCACUUGGAGACAUAAUUGCUUUACCAUAUGCCGAUGCUUUAUCUCUUAAUUAA